AUGGCCUCGCAGGUAAUAUCGCUUGGCAAGGGUUGGUAUUGGAAGGAUCGCGACGCAGCAUCCUAUGUUUCCGUGGUAAACGAGCUCCCUCAAGAUGCACCCGGGACCAGUUCUCCUUGGACGGCAGCACAGAACUUCCCGUCCGAGAUUCACGCCGAGCUCAUGAAGGCGGGACGUAUCCCCGACCCCUUCAUUGGCUUUAACGAACACGACGUGCAAUGGGUGGGCGAAAGAGAGUGGCUGUACUACUGCUCGUUCGCCCUUCCUGACGGCACGCAGAAGGCUCUACAUGCUGAACUGCAAUUCGAGGGCUUGGACACCAUAUGCGAUGUCUACCUGAAUGGCGAACUCGUUUUGUCAACGGACAACAUGUUCCGCCUCUACACCGUUCCUCUGGACGUAGCCUCCCUCCGGUCAGGCGGGAACAGCAUUCUUCUCCAUUUCAAGCCUGCAAAGCUCAUCGCGAAGGAGCUGGAAGCAAAAUACGGUCGCGUGCGUGCUGGGUCGACCAACCUUGGGGAUCCGAGUCGUGUGUACGUGAGGAAGGCACAGUAUGGCUGGCGCUGGGACUGGGGCCCGGAGCUCAUGACCUGCGGCCCUUACCGACCCAUCAACCUACUUGUUUACACAACGCAUAUAUCGACUCUCUACGCUCGCGCCGCUGUCUCAGCCGCUCCAUCUCUUGUACCUUCCCUAGCCGUGGAUGUCGAUAUCUCUGGGGAGAUUGCGAAGGCGAAGAGCGUGCGCGUCAUUCUCAGAAAGGACGGCUCGGACGAUGUCCUCAAGCAACAAGAUGUCCCGAUACCGGAGGGCUCGGCGUGGGACUUGCAGGGUGCGGUGGACCUCUGGUGGCCUAUCGGAUAUGGCGUACAGAAUCUGUAUUCCGUGGAAGUGGCUUUGCUCGCUGAGGACUCUACUGUGCUAGACAUCGCCACGAAGCGGAUAGGCUUCCGUCGUGUAGAGCUUAUUCAAGAGCCCCUGCAGGAGCCGGACCAGUAUGGCAAAGGGACAACCUUCCUGUUUGAGGUGAACGGCGUUCGAAUGUUCAUGGGCGGCUCGAACUGGAUCCCCGCACACAGCUUCCUCACUGAGCUCACGCCCGAGCGGUACAGAGCGUGGCUCACCCUUCUCAGAGACGGGAAUCAGAACAUGGUCAGGCUGUGGGGUGGCGGUGUCUACGAACCAGAUGUGUUCUACGACACUUGCGACGAGCUCGGGAUACUGGUGUGGCAAGACUUCCAGUUUGCUUGUGGUGUCUACCCUGCGCACGACGAGUUCGUGGAGAAUGCAAAGAAGGAGGCGGAGGACAACGUCAAGCGGCUGAGGCAUCACCCUUCUCUCGCACUGCUCUGUGGCAAUAACGAAGAUUAUCAACAAGUGCUGCAGUGGGGCGGUAUAUCGGACCUCCCUGCACGUCGUAUCUACGAACAUGUCUUACCCGAGGUGGUGGAAAGACUCACCAAUCCGCCUAUUCCGUACCAUCGUGGAUCACCGUACGGCGGCGAAGAGUGGGAUACCACUGAUCCCACUGUAGGCGACGUCCAUCAAUGGGAUAUCUGGGCAGGGAAGGAGCGGCCAUGGCAGGAGUACGGCGAGCGCGGGGGUCGUUUCGUCAGCGAGUUUGGAAUCCCGUCGUUCCCGGAUAUCAGGACAGUCGAUUACUGGCUCGGCGGAAACACGGAGGAGAGGCGCGCACAGAGCAAGUUGAUGGCUCAGCAUAACCGGGCUGGAAACCACGAACGACGGUUCGCGAUUUUGAUGAAUGAGAACUUCAGGUUUACUAGCAAUCUCGAGGGGCAUGUGUACAACACACAGCUGAUGCAAAGCGAGGCUGUGAGCUUCGCGUACAGGGUGUGGAGGAGGGCUUGGAAGGGAAGAGGUAAAGAAUAUACAUCUGGCGCACUGGUCUGGCAGCUGAACGAUUGUUGGCCGGUUACAUCAUGGGCCAUCGCGGACUUCUUCCUGCGUGCAAAGCCCGUGUAUUAUGCGAUCAAGAGGGAGCUCGCGCCUCUGAGCGUCGGGAUUCUUCGGACAGUUCACAACAAUCGAGGAAACGACCGACCAAAACAGUUUUACGAGUUCGGGGCGUUCCGCUCUAUCGAAGCCACUAUCGAGGUGUGGGCUUGCAACAGCACCCUUUGGCCUCGACAAGUCAAGUUGAUCCUACACUUUGCGGACCUGGAAUCCUCGUGGACCUACCAACAGGAAUCUGUCGUAACAUUGCUCCCGAAUCAAUCAACUGAACUGUUUCAGAUCCCUUGCCCUGGCCCGCCUUCGACGACGUCCGGUCGCCUCGGACCCGGCCUCACGACGUCGUACACAGUCGUCGCAGCUGCCCGACUGGUUGAUCUUCAAACUGGCGAUGUCCUGGCCCGAUAUGUGGAUUGGCCUCAGCCGUUCAAGUACAUCGACCCGCCUCGACCUGAACUUCAGUUCGACCGCGUAGGCGAGCACAUCUCCGUGCGAGCAGAUAGGCCUGUCAAGGGCUUAUUCCUGACUGCUGAGGACGAUGUUGCGAACCUUGUCCUCUGGAGUGACAACGCGCUGGAUCUGAUGCCUGGAGACGAGCAAGUAGUGGUUGCGAGAGGCGCGAAGGACAGCGUGGUCAAGUACACUCACAUCAUCGGGUCCGACCAGACAUAUGUUAUAUAG